UUGCCAACCUCAUCACAACCUCUUGCCAGCACGCGUCGGAGACCACGCAUCACCAUCCUGUGGCCGAUCCCAUACCGCAUCUGAACGAGACCAUCGUCAAAAUUGAUUUUCUGCCUUCACCCAGCGAUAGCGACUGAAUCUGAGGUGGCACGACCGACGAGUCGCUCCUUGGGGGCCUUGGCCGGCCAGGUUUGAGAGCGCGGAGGACAACCCCCCAUCCCGUCCAUCGACACAUCGUUGCGCCAACCUUGCUAUCGUCAAAAGCCUUUGUCAAGCAUCUCCUUCUGAUUCUAUUCUGUCUGCGUCGUUUUGUCUUUUAGCGCCAGAACCGCAGGCGACCGACCACGUCCUCGCCUCGAUUACAAGUUUGGACCACGAUCCCUAAUCAGUCACAUCCACACCGUCGCACUCCCGACACGCCCAGCCCAGCCCACCUGGGCCCAUCACGUAAGAUGGCCAAUCUUUAUUUUGCGCACUCUAGUGCGCCCCUCAAGACAAUUCAAGAGAUACAGUUUGGAGUCAUGUCUCCUGAGGAGAUCAAGAAUAUGAGUGUGGCGCACAUUCAGUAUCCCGAGACCAUGGACGAGACCAGAACGAAACCACGACAAGAAGGUCUCAAUGACCCUCGCCUUGGCUCUGUCGAUAGGCAAUUCAAGUGCAAGACAUGCACUGAGAGCAUGUCCGAAUGCCCCGGUCAUUUCGGCCACAUCGAGCUGGCCACGCCCGUCUUCCACCCUGGUUUCCUGAAGAAGACCAAGAAGAUCCUCGAGAUCGUCUGCCAUAGCUGCAGCAAGGUGUUGGCUGAUAGGAGUGACGAUGAGUUUGCGGCCGCCGUCGCGACACGAGACCCGAAAGCCCGAUUUGCCCGGGUCUGGGAGGUUUGCAAGAAGAAGAAGCGCUGCGAUAACGAGUCUUCCAAAAAGGACGAGGAGUUUGAUCCGGAGAACAAGAACAAGCCCCCGCCCCAUAACCACGGUGGAUGUGGCAAUGCCCAACCCGCGGUCCGUCAACAGGCACUGCAGCUUCAACAGCAUUUUCAGCGUGAGAACGAGGAUGGCGGGGGCAAGACCAUCGAGAAGAAGCCCUUGCCGCCAAAGCUGGUGCACGAAAUCUUUCGACGAAUCUCUGAUGCUGAUCUCGAGGAUAUGGGGCUGAACAAGGACUAUGCGCGUCCCGAGUGGCUGAUCGUCACAGUACUUCCUGUGCCUCCACCACCUGUCCGGCCAUCGAUCAGCAUGGACGGCACUGGCCAAGGCCUUCGCAACGAAGACGAUCUGACCUACAAGCUCGGUGAUAUCAUCCGUGCUAAUGGCAAUGUGAAACAGGCACUGUCCGAGGGCUCUCCAAUGCACAUUCUAAACGACUUCGAGCAACUCCUUCAAUAUCACGUCGCAACUUACAUGGACAACGAUAUCGCUGGCACCCCACGCGCGUUGCAGAAGAGUGGCCGGCCAGUAAAGGCCAUCCGUGCUCGCCUCAAGGGCAAGGAGGGCCGUCUCCGAGGCAAUCUAAUGGGCAAGCGCGUGGAUUUCUCUGCGCGCACUGUCAUCACAGGUGACGCAAACAUUUCCUUGGACCAAGUCGGUGUGCCUCGAAGCAUCGCGAGAACUCUGACCUACCCGGAGACUGUGACUCCUUACAAUAUUCACCGCUUGCAUCAGCUUGUUGAGAACGGCCCGAACGAGCACCCAGGUGCCAAAUACGUCAUACGCUCCGACGGCACCAGGAUCGAUUUGCGCCAUCACAAGCGCGCCAGUCAGAUUACCCUGGAGUACGGUUGGAAGGUGGAGCGUCAUCUCAUCGAUGGGGACUACAUCAUCUUCAACCGACAACCCUCGCUACACAAGGAGUCCAUGAUGGGGCACCGCGUCAAGGUCAUGCCAUACUCCACAUUCCGGCUGAACUUAUCCGUCACCUCUCCGUACAACGCUGACUUUGACGGCGAUGAGAUGAACCUCCACGUUCCCCAGACCGAGGAGACGCGUGCUGAGGUUCAGAACCUGUGCUUGGUGCCCCUGAACAUCGUCUCGCCUCAGCGGAAUUCCCCACUCAUGGGGAUCGUGCAGGACACUCUGGCAGGCGCAUACAAGCUCUGCCGUCGAGACGUGUUUCUCACCAAGGAAGAAGUCAUGAACCUGAUGUUAUGGGUUGAGGACUGGGACGGCGUCAUACCGACCCCGGCCAUACUUCACCCAUCUCCCCGAUGGACUGGAAAACAGAUCAUCAGCAUGGUCAUCCCUAAAGAAGUCAGUCUGCAGCAAGGUAGCAGCGAGCUCCCCAUCGAUGACAGCGGGAUCAGGAUUCACAAUGGCGAUCUCGUUUACGGCCUUCUUACCAAGAAAAUUGUGGGUGCUGCGGCUGGCGGCAUCAUACACAUUACCUACAACGAGCUCGGACCACAUGCAGCAAUGGGUUUCCUCAACGCCUGCCAACGUGUUGUGAACUACUGGCUCUUGCACAACGGUCACAGCAUCGGAAUCGGUGAUACUAUUCCUGACAAGGACACUAUCAUCAAGAUCCAGCAGGACAUUGACGGACAGAAAAAGAUCGUUGCGGAGAUCGUGACCGAGGCGACGGAGAACAAGCUCGAGCCACUCCCGGGAAUGAGUAUUCGAGAGACUUUUGAGAGCAAGGUAUCCAAGGAAUUGAACGCUGCUCGCGACAAGGCCGGUACGACAACGGAGAAGAGUCUGAAAGAUUUAAACAACGCUGUGACCAUGUCUCGGUCAGGCUCCAAGGGCUCUUCCAUCAACAUCUCUCAGAUGACUGCCCUAGUCGGCCAACAGGUCGUUGAGGGAAAGAGGAUUCCCUUUGGAUUCAAAUACCGGACACUGCCUCACUUUACGAAGGACGACUACUCGCCCGAGGCCCGUGGCUUCGUGGAGAAUUCUUACCUGCGUGGUCUCACCCCCACCGAAUUCUUCUUCCACGCUAUGGCCGGUCGUGAGGGUUUGAUCGAUACCGCUGUCAAGACCGCUGAAACUGGUUACAUCCAGCGCCGACUAGUCAAGGCGCUUGAGGACGUCACGGCGAAGUAUGAUGGCACUGUUCGAAACUCCUUGAAUGAUAUUAUACAGUUCAUCUAUGGCGAAGACGGCCUUGAUGGCAUGCACAUCGAAAAACAGAAGGUUGAUUUCUUGACCAUCUCCGACAAGGACUUUGAGAGGCGCUACAAGCUUGACCUCGUCGAGGACUCCCACACGUUGACCAACGCUCUGGAAUAUGGAAGUCACCUCGCGAGCAACAUCGAAGAGCAGCAACUGCUGGACGCGGAGUUCGAACGUCUGUCCACGGCCCGCCGGGCGGUUCGCGAAAUAAUGCUGUCACGGGGCAAGGAUGAGACUAUGAUGCAGCUCCCCCUAAACAUCAUACGGUUGAUCGACAGCACCAUCUCCUUUUUCAAGGUUGACCUCACCAAGCGAAGUGAUAUGAAGCCUUCCGACGUGAUCCCGGCCGUCGACGCGUUCAUGAGGCGCAUGGUGGUCGUCCCCGGUGAGGACCCCAUUUCCAAGGAGGCCAAUGAGAGCGCAACGAUCCUCUUCAAGGCCCACCUACGGUCGCGUCUGGCUUUCAGGCGUCUCGCAGUCCAGCUCCGCCUCCCUCGCAUAGCCUUCGACCACAUCCUCGGAGAGCUAGAGAACCGCUGGUCGAGGUCAAUGGUCAACCCUGGAGAGAUGGUUGGUGUUCUCGCCGCGCAGUCAAUUGGAGAGCCUGCGACACAAAUGACGCUCAACACGUUCCACUUCACUGGUGUUGCCUCCAAGAACGUCACUCUCGGCGUGCCUCGUCUCAAGGAGAUCCUCAACGUCGCUAGUGAUAUUAAGACUCCUUCGAUGCAGGUUUACCUUGAAGGCGACGAUUUAUCACAAGACGCGGCGAAGACGUUGCGAAGUCUUACUGAGCACACGAACCUGAGGUCCGUCACGUCAAAGACGGAGAUCUUCUAUGACCCGGAUGUUCGGGAAACCAUAAUCCCCCAGGACAUGGACAUGAUUGAGGCGUAUUUUCUUCUCGAGACCCCACAGACCGAGGACCUUGAUCGUCAGACUCGCUGGGUCCUUCGAAUCUCCUUGGACCGUCAAAAGAUGCUCGACAAGGAACUGGGAGUUGAGGACGUGGCUCAGCGGCUCAAAGACGAGUAUUCUGAUGAUUUGGCUGUCAUCUUCAACGAUGACAACGAUGAGGAACAAAUCAUUCGCAUCCGCUCAAUCCGCGACAAAGCCGAUGCAGAAGAUGACGACAUGGAGGAAGACGUCAUGCUCAAGCGUCUUGAGACGCACUUGUUGGACAAGCUCACCAUUCGUGGCGUGCCUGGCAUCGAACGUGCCUUCAUCAACAAGAAUGCCCGCCUGAUAGAGAUGCCGGACGGCUCACUCAAGGCGAAGCAGGGCGACGCUGACUGCGAAGAGUCUUAUCUCGACACCACCGGCACUGCCCUGCGCCAGGUCCUCGCCGUUGACGGCGUUGACACGAGGCGGACAACCACUAACCAGCUGCAUCAGAUCAUUGAUGUCUUCGGCAUCGAGGCGGCACGAUCUGCUUUACUCUCGGAGCUGACGAACGUGCUGGCGUUUGACGGAUCCUACGUCAAUCACCGCCAUCUGGCUCUCCUGGUUGAUGUCAUGACAUACCGCGGCAGCAUCGCUGCGGUCACGCGCCACGGCAUCAACCGCGCCGACACUGGUGCGCUCAUGCGCUGUUCCUUCGAAGAAACGGUCGAGAUCCUUCUGGAGGCCGCAGCCACGGGCGAGCUAGACGACUGCCGUGGUAUUUCCGAGAACGUGAUGCUCGGCCAGUUGGCCCCAAUGGGGACAGGUCACUUUGAAGUGCAGCUGGAUCCCAAGAUGCUGGAGACGGUGAUAUCGGACAACUCGCGCAUGGGACUCAUGCCCGGCAUGACCGUCAAGGGCAGCCCAUUGGAGGGCGCAGCGACACCAUACGAUACGGGCUCCCCUAUGGCGGACACGGGCGGCUUCCUGGGAAUCAUGUCUCCGGCGCCAGGCAACUUCUCACCCAUCAUCGGCGCAGGGUCCGAGACACCGGGAGGCUUCAACACGGAGUACGGUGGUGGGUUUGGCCUGGGUGGGGCUCCUGGGUACUCGGCAACCAGCCCACGUGCUACGAGCCCUUUUGCUCCGACCUCACCGACAUCCCCAUAUGGCAACCAGGGCGCAGGGUAUUCCCCAUCAUCUCCCAUGGGUGCAUACUCGCCCAGCUCACCAAUGAUUGAUGUGGGCUCCCGCUUCGGUGCCUCGUCUCCAACUUUCAGUCCAAACUCGCCAUCAUACUCACAGACGUCGCCCUUGAUGCGGCCCACCAGCCCGGCCAGUCCAAACUACAGCCCGACCUCGCCGAGCUACUCGCCAACAUCCCCGUCGGCACCCAAAUACUCGCCUACGUCACCGGCUGGGAACUACGGAGGCUCGCCGACUUCUCCGUCAUACUCGCCAGCGAGCCCAAACUACAGCCCAACAUCACCAAACGUCCACGCCACGUCCCCUCGAUACUCCCCCGCGUCUCCCACGUGGUCUCCAACCUCUCCUGACGCGUACUCGCCCACAAGCCCUACCUACCAACGGUCACCCGGGCAGAACGUGUCUCCGACGAGUCCGAGCUACUCACCAACCUCGCCUCAGUACCACGCUCCGACUCCUGGACGAGAUGGCAGCGGGCACGAUCAGUACUCACCAACCUCGCCCACUAAUGAUUAGCGUUGGUGUAAUGUCGACGAGUGGGUGGUGGAUGACCGGCUAGCGCAUGUCGUAGACGGAGCCCAAGUCGAGCCAUCUGGGGAAGGCCCGCACGAUUCGGGCUCGAGCAAAGUGCUCUACACGGGAAGCAAAACCCGAGGGUGACAGAGUGAAGAUGCGGUACGGACCGGCAAAAGGGAAAUCGAGAGAAGUUGACUGGGAAGGUGAGGUUUGAGGCGAAGUAAUUGUACCAACACGAAAGGAAGCCAAGGUGGGAACACGGGUAGCGAUAGGGAAAGGCAGGCAGACUGACAGGAUGAGACGUGGGCGGUAAGGACAUCUGGAGCGCCUUAGACACACAAAACAUGGGCACAUAUAGGCAGGUAGAUGGGGGCUUUGCAUAGCCUUGGAACAUUGACUUAAGCAGUGAAUGAGAAGAAGAAGAAAGAGAAAGAAAGAGAAGAAAAAAAAAAGUAUGUAAACAAAAGCACUACUGUAGUACUUGGGCCAUGACUGACUGCCAAGCCGAAGCGCUGAGAAGAGUGCUGCUAGAGCGGG